AAGCGGAUUUUGAAAACAAAAAAAAGAAGGAGUGGAAGAGGGGGCCAGGAUCCAGGCCUCCAUCCCCACAGAAGUGAAGCUACAGCUGGGAGGUCUCCUCCCACCCCAACCGUCACCCUGGGUCCCGACUGCCCACCUCCUCCCCCUCCCCCUCCCCCCAACAACAACAACAACAACAACUCCAAGCACACCGGCCAUAAGAGCGCGUGUGUCCCCAACAUGACCGAACGAAGGAGGGAUGAGCUCUCUGAAGAGAUCAACAACCUAAGAGAGAAGGUCAUGAAGCAGUCGGAGGAGAACAACAACCUGCAGAACCAGGUGCAGAAGCUCACAGAGGAGAACACCACCCUUCGAGAGCAAGUGGAACCCACCCCUGAGGAUGAGGAUGAUGACAUCGAGCUCCGCGGUGCUGCAGCAGCUGCUGCCCCACCCCCUCCAAUAGAGGAAGAGUGCCCAGAAGACCUUCCAGAGAAGUUCGAUGGCAACCCAGACAUGCUGGCUCCUUUCAUGGCCCAGUGCCAGAUCUUCAUGGAAAAGAGCACCAGGGAUUUCUCAGUUGAUCGUGUCCGUGUCUGUUUCGUGACAAGCAUGAUGACCGGCCGUGCUGCCCGCUGGGCCUCAGCAAAGCUGGAGCGCUCCCACUACCUGAUGCACAACUACCCAGCUUUCAUGAUGGAAAUGAAGCAUGUCUUUGAAGACCCUCAGAGGCGAGAGGCUGCCAAACGCAAGAUCAGACGCCUGCGCCAAGGCAUGGGGUCUGUCAUCGACUAUUCCAAUGCUUUCCAGAUGAUUGCCCAGGACCUGGAUUGGAACGAGCCUGCGCUGAUUGACCAAUACCACGAGGGCCUCAGCGACCACAUUCAGGAGGAGCUCUCCCACCUCGAGGUCGCCAAGUCGCUGUCUGCUCUGAUUGGGCAGUGCAUUCACAUUGAGAGAAGGCUGGCCAGGGCUGCUGCAGCUCGCAAGCCACGCUCGCCACCUCGGGCGCUGGUGUUGCCUCACGUUGCAAGCCACCACCAGGUAGAUCCAACCGAGCCGGUGGGAGGUGCCCGCAUGCGCCUGACCCAGGAGGAAAAAGAAAGACGCAGAAAGCUGAACCUGUGCCUCUACUGUGGAACAGGAGGUCACUACGCUGACAACUGUCCUGCCAAGGCCUCGAAGGCUUCGCGCGGGAAACUCCCCGGCCCCGCUGUAGAGGGACCUUCAGCGACCGGGCCAGAAAUAAUAAGGUCCCCACAAGAUGACGCCUCAUCUCCACACUUGCAAGUGAUGCUCCAGAUUCAUCUUCCGGGCAGACACACCCUGUUCGUCCGAGCCAUGAUCGAUUCUGGUGCUUCUGGCAACUUCAUUGAUCACGAAUACGUUGCUCAAAAUGGAAUUCCUCUAAGAAUCAAGGACUGGCCAAUACUUGUGGAAGCAAUUGAUGGGCGCCCCAUAGCAUCGGGCCCAGUUGUCCAUGAAACUCACGACCUGAUAGUUGACCUGGGAGAUCACCGUGAGGUGCUGUCAUUUGAUGUGACUCAGUCUCCAUUCUUCCCUGUCGUCCUAGGGGUUCGCUGGCUGAGCACACAUGAUCCCAACAUCACAUGGAGCACUCGAUCUAUUGUCUUUGAUUCUGAAUACUGCCGCUACCACUGCCGGAUGUAUUCUCCAAUACCACCAUCGCUGCCACCACCAGCACCACAACCGCCACUCUAUUAUCCAGUAGAUGGAUACAGAGUUUACCAACCAGUGAGGUAUUACUAUGUCCAGAAUGUGUACACUCCAGUAGAUGAGCACGUCUACCCAGAUCACCGUCUGGUUGACCCUCACAUAGAAAUGAUACCUGGAGCACACAGUAUUCCCAGCGGACAUGUGUACUCACUGUCUGAACCUGAAAUGGCAGCUCUGCGAGAUUUUGUGGCAAGAAAUGUGAAAGAUGGGCUGAUUACUCCAACGAUUGCACCUAAUGGAGCCCAAGUUCUCCAGGUGAAGAGGGGGUGGAAACUGCAAGUUUCUUAUGAUUGCCGAGCUCCAAACAAUUUUACUAUCCAGAAUCAGUAUCCUCGCCUAUCUAUUCCAAAUUUAGAAGACCAAGCGCACCUGGCAACGUACACUGAAUUCGUACCUCAAAUACCUGGAUACCAAACAUACCCCACAUAUGCCGCAUACCCGACCUACCCAGUAGGAUUCGCCUGGUACCCAGUGGGACGAGACGGACAAGGAAGAUCACUAUAUGUACCUGUUAUGAUCACCUGGAAUCCACACUGGUACCGCCAGCCUCCGGUACCACAGUACCCGCCGCCACAGCCACCGCCUCCACCACCACCGCCGCCGCCACCUCCAUCUUACAGUACCCUGUAAAUACUUGUCAUGUCCUUCAGGAUCUCUACCCUCAAAAUUUAUUCCUGUUGAGCUUCUCAAUCAGUGACUGUGUGCUAAGUUUUAGGCUACUGUAUCGUCAGGCCACCUGAGGCACAUCCUCUCUGAAACAGCACUAGAAGGUCAGGGCCACCCUGGACUGGCACACAUCCUAAAACACCAAAAGACCUUCAACAUUUUCUGAGAGCAACAGAGUAUUUGCCAAGAAAUUAUCUCUCAUUUUUCCACCUUGACUGCCAAUCUAACUAAAAUAAUUAAUAAGUUUACUUUCCAGCCAGUCCUGGAAGUCUGGGUUUUACCUGCCAAAACCUCUGUCACCAUCUAAAUUAUAGGCUGCCAAAUUUGUUCUUUAACAUUUACAGAGAAGCUGAUGCAAAUACAGGAAAUGCUGAUUUCUUUAUGGAGGGGGAGAUAAGGAGGAGGAGGACAUGACUUUUCUUGCAGUUUCGGUACCCUCUUUAAAUCACUGGAGGACCGAGGCCUUACUAAGGAAGCCAAAAUUAUCGGUGCAGUAUGGAAAGGCUUCCGUGAUCCUCUCGCUGCACCCUUAGAAACUUCACCAUCUUCAAACUCCACUUCCAUGGUUCCGUUAAUUCUCAAGGAGCAGCAACUCGACUGGUUCUCCCAGGAGCAGGCAAAACCCUUGUAACAUGAAACAUCUCAGGCUUGAAAAGAAAGUGCUCUCUCAGAUGGACUCUUGCAUGUUAAGAGUGUGCCUUCACAUCGUGGUGCAAAUCACAUGUACCCAAGGACUCCGGCUUUGACAUAACACCUUACCAUCAUCAUGCCAUAGUGGCUUCCACGAAGCAUUAAACCUGGUAACCAGAGAUUACUGGUGGCUCCAGGGGUGUUAGAUGUUCGUGAAAUGGGACCACAUCUCAAUUACCUUCGAGGGCUAAAGAAUAGCAGAUCAAAAGGACUCCAAAAUCCCGUACCCAACUCUUAAAAGAUUUGUCCUGGUACUUCAGAAAGAAUUUUCAUGAGUGUUGUUAAUUGGCUGGAAAAGCACCAACUGACGUUUUGGAAGCAUCUAUCCAUGUGUCUGUCUCCAUGUGCAUCUGGGCAUUCCAUCUUCAGUCCCCUCAUUAGACUGUAGCGUGUUAGGAUGUGUGGAGAGAAGAGAAAUGAUUUAGCACCCAGAUUCACACUCCUAUGCCUGGAAAGGACAUCUUUGAAGAAGAAGAAUUAGGGCUGUGGACACUGUCUUGAGGAUGUGGACUUCCUUAGUGAACUCCACAUUACUUGAUGGUAACCACUUCAGAAGGAUCAGAAUCCAUAUAAUGAAAAGGGUCCCUCUAGAGGAUGGAGCUGAUGUGAAGCUGCCAAUGGAUGAAAAGCCUCAGAAAGCAACUCAAAGAACUCAAAGCAACGAACAACACACGAGUUGUCUUCAGCCAAGUGACACCUCUGGUGUCCCCUGGAUGCUUUGUGCUAACCUGGGACUGCCUGACUUUCUUUAGCCUGGUCCCUUGCUACUACCUUGAACUGUUUUAUCUAACCUCUCUUUUUCUGUUUAAUUCUUUACUACUGCCAUUGACCCUGCUGCAGGAUUUGUAUCAUUUUCCUGCCUGGUUGCUGAGACUCCAUUUUGCUGCCACACAGAGAUGUAACAGGAGGCUUUAAUUGCCAAAACACAGUUUGAGCGGUAGAAAACAACAUGGUGUAUAUCUCAAAUUGCCUGACGUGAAGAGGAGUCUUAACGGUGAAGUUUCACUUUUCAUCAGCAUCAUCUUUCACAUGUUCAUUAUCAACCACCCUUAUUCUUGCAUGUUUAAAUAGUUAAAAUUUUUAGUGUAAUUUUUAGUGUAAGUGUUUUGAAGUGUUGACUAGGCUUUCAAAAAUUUCCAUUGAAUUAAAAAUGAUAAGUAACAUAGUGUAAAAUAUUUCUUUACUGUGAAGUUCUUACAACGCUGUGAAUGAGAGGCUCCUCAGAACUGGAGUAUUUGUAUAACAGUUCAUCCUGUUCAUCUUCAAUUUUAACAUCAUAUAUUAUUUCAAUUCUAUUAAUUGGGCCUUUAAAAAUCAUAUAAAAGGAUAUAAAAUUUCAAAAGAGAAACCUAAUUGACUAUUUAAUCCAAAACAACUUUUUUUUCCUUCAAUGGAAUCAGAAAGCUUGUCAAUCACUCAUGUGUUUUAGAGUAAUUACUUUUAAAAUGGUGCAUUUGUGCUUCUGAACUAUUUUGAAGCGUCACUUCUCUUUACCUCAAGUAUCAAUUCAUCCUCCAUACCUUUGAAUUCAAGUUGUUUUGUGUCAAAUUUACAGUUGUCAAUUGAUCUUCAAGCUGCAGGGUGCCUAGAAAUGGGCCAUUGUCUGUAGCCCUGGCAUGUGCACACGGACAUUUGCCACCACUGCAAGCAAAAGUCUGGAGGAGUUCCCCAACGACAAGAAUGAUCAGGGAGAGUAUGCUGCUGUGGGUUAACAACUCAGAAAGUCCCUGAUCCACAUUUGGCUGCUUACUAAAGCUUGUGAUUAACUUUUUGGCAGUGUGUACUAUGCUCUAUUGCUAUAUAUGCUAUCUAUAAAUGUAGAUGUUAAGGAUAAGUAAUUCUAAAUUUAUUAUUCUAUAGUAUUGAAGUUUGGUUAAGUUUCCUUUCACUCAAUUGAUUUCUUUUGUUGUUAAUCAAAUUUAUGUUAAUUCGAUCCUUUAAUUUUUUUGGCAUUUUCCAACAAAAAUGGCUUUAUUCAUAAGAAAGGAAAAAAUCAAUGGAAUUUGAUAUCUAAAGAAGUUAGAAAGGGAGCAAAAUAAAAAACAUGAAGGAGAUAGAUUAUUAAGCAAAAUCAAUAGCUGAGUUUUUGAAACAAACUGGCAAAAUUAAUUAAUUGACUUUUGGCCCAAAUUUACAUUGUUAAUUAAAUCAGGAAGGAAGAAGAUCUAAGAGCUCCCAUUGAUACGCAAGCCUAGAGAGAACUAGCUAAAUUUAUCAUGCUAGGAUAUUGAAACAGAGAAAGUUUACAUACAUUUAUGAAGGGUCAAUUUAGUUUAGACAGUGAGGUAUUUGUCCUAGAUAGUGGAAAAAAGGAGAAUUAGUCUGAUGGAAUCAUGAAGUAAUACAGUGAACUUGCAGGUGCACAAAAUAAGAGGGCUACAUCUAUAUGGUGCAGUCUGGAAUUCUGUUUAAGUUUGCAGGUACCUCUUGGACUUCUGAAUUGAUCCAGUUGUCAUCCACCACAGACAUCUCACAUCAGAUACAGACAGUUCCAAGAUUGACAACAGAGAACACCCUGCUGGAAAGACCUGGGCAGAAAUGGAGAGCCCUGCGGGAGCCAUGUUACAUUAUCAUCUAAAGAGAGAAGACACAUCUGAUGAGACUGAAAGUUCUUUGUUGUUUUAGAUUGCAGAAUGGUAUUGAAUUGGUCUGUGGAAAAUUGCAUUGCUUUUAUUUCUUUGUGUAAUCAAGUUUAAGUAAUAGGGGAUAUAUAAUCAUAAGCAUUUUAGGGUGGGAGGGACUAUUAAGUAAUUUUAAGUGGGUGGGGUUAUUUAGAAUGUUAGAAUAAUAUUGUGUAUUAGAUAUCGCUAUAAGUGGGCAUGUGUACUUACUUGUGACCCUUUACCCUGUAAUUGCUAUCCUUAAAGAUUUCAAAUAAACUCAGAGGGAACUGCAGGGAGACCAACUUAUAUAGAGUGAAUUGGACAUGGAUAAAAACCCUAGUGGGAAAAAGUUCAAAGGUGAUUAGAUUAAUAGUUUAAUAGAGGAUGAGUGCCCUUUGAUAAAUUACUGCUGGAAUGAAAUUGUCAAUGAUGGAUGGUAAAUUUUCAUGGAAGUUAUAAAAGUGAUAAAAACCGUUGCUUUUACCCCUGUCAGUAGCCCUCCUCCUACCACUGAACCCCAUUACCCCUACCCCCUCCUUCUAACUUUAUUGCUGUAUUCUCUUCACUCUAUAUUGCUCUCUAUUUGCUAAUAUUGCAUUGCUGUUACAAUAAAAAUUCAAUAAAGAUUUAGUGGUUAAGUGCAAA